AUGCAAAUCCCACGCAGCCGUCCUCUGCGAGUGCUCGUCAUCGGCGCUGGUCCAGCCGGGCUGACGACAUGCAAGACGUUGCUGCACUUCCCCUCCGACUCGGCCGCCGAUCGCGACUCGGAGCGAGUGUUCGACCCCGUCAUCGUAGAGGCCGAUGACAAGCUUGGCGGCACGUUCGCCCAGAGGAGUUAUGAGAACGGCACGCUCGUGUCGAGCAAGCAGUUGACCAGCUUCACCGAUUGUCAGUCCACACGCGCUCCGUUGCAUGGGUCUAUCGGCAGUGUGGGCGAUCUGAUCCCACCGCGGUCCGCGCCCACACCGCCGUGAUCAUGAAUGCAUGAGCACCGAGCUCACCCUCGUUUCUUCUCGCCAGACCGCUUUCCCUUGGCACAACACGACCACGUCGCCAUGGAUGAAUACGUCGCCUACCUCAAACGUUACGUCGAUCGCUUCGGCCUCGCCUCCACCUCGGGUCACGCGUGGCAGGGCUCCGUGUUUGAACACAAGUCGAGGUUGCGACUCAACACGAGGGUCCUCAGGAUGGACAAGGAUGGCAAAGGCGGCCACGAUGUUACGAUUCGGGAUGCAGAUGGUGAGCUGGAUAGCGAGCGGGUUCUGGAGCCGAGAGCCGGAGAAUUUUGCUUGCUAAGUUUGCUCUCCGUCACUUCGGACACAGGCAAGGAGACCAUCGUCAACGUGCAAGCGGUCGCAGUGUGCACAGGGCUCCACGUUCUUCCCGCCGUUCCGACCAUCCCAGGCCUCCCCCAGAACCUCGUUCCGCAAUCACCCCCCAUCACGACCCCUUCCUCCCUCCCAAUCCACCCACCCACAAGCGACUACCCCAAGUCCUCGCAGCGUGAGGGCGUCCGGGUCAUCCAUUCCUCGCAAUACAAGUCCCAAUCCGAGUUCAAGGACCGCAAAGUUCUCAUCCUCGGAGUUGGAGAGACUUCGAUGGAUCUUUCAUACGCCGCUAUUCAAGGGGGUGCGACUGAGGUCACCGUUGCCCAUCGGGGAGGGUUCCUCAGUUUUCCUAAAGUUCUCAAUGACUUUAGUGUCUUUGGAUUCAAGUUUGAAGGCAACCUGCCUAUCGAUGGUCUGGUCAGUUUGCACGAGUCGCAGAAACUUGUGGGCGCAUCGAUGCUCACUCUCAUUCCUUUUCGACGUCCCUGCUAGAUUACGAAUCGUAGGUACUGAACCCCGACUAUCGCAUAAGAAUAUCCCGUGAACUAACUGAUACCCUGUUCUUUCGCACCCGCUACUGACCACCAGUGUUUGAAGUCAGUGUGAUUCAGCUUCUCACCCCAGGAAUCGCGUUCCGACGCUGACUCCUUGACCUCGCACGCAGACGGCCUAUGUACACCCCUGGAUCGCCUCCUCCCGCAUGCGCUGGCACAUCUCGGACUUUUUCGUGAAGCGAGUCAUGGCGUUCCUCACAGGUACCUCGGCCGGAUGUGGGCAAUGGGUCGGCUCCUUGCCUCCUUCUCGACACGGCCGUGCUUUUGUCUUCUUGAAGUGAGACCAAUUGAACCUUCGUAGCUUGAGCGCAUUUCCAAAGCUGAUCACCGCAUCCUAAACACCACUGCAGCAAAAGCUCGAAAGCGAUGCCUUACAUCAACCGACCUCACAAACCGCGUUUCCGCAUCUUGGCCAACAUCCUACGCACCGAUUACCUCGAUCCUCAACUCCCCGACACGCCGUGCAAAGAAAUCGAACUCGCCAUGUGGCCUUCCCACAUCGACGAAACAGGCAGAGUGCACUUCACUCCUGCCCGGGACUUACCCCAAUCGAAUGGGAUUGAAAGGAUCGAGGAGAAGAGGAUGAAGGGGAAGGUCAUUCGACCUGAUUUGGUCGUGUUUUGUUCGGGGUAUAGGCAGGAUUGGAGCUGGUUGGGGGAGGGGUAUCCUAAGGGACCGGGAGAGGUCGAUGUGAGGGAGAUCGCGGAUAGUCAUGAUCUCACUGUUGGGUGGAUCGGCUUUGUUCGAGUAAGUCAUUCGAUCCUGUGUGAUUACGAGUCUGGGUUAGCUGAAGAUGUGAUCGCCGAACCUCGACUUCCGCAGCCCGGUGUGGGUGCGAUUCCUUGCAUUGCCGAGCAGCAAGCGAUGCUUUGGUCCCUUUUACUCGCGCAGAAGGUCCCCGUUCCUACCACAGAACCUCACUACCGGUUAUUAGCGAGCAAGACGGCCCGAAUUCAAUAUGGGUCAGGGUAUUAAACUUACGUUCGGCGCGGGAGGGGUUGUGCUGAUCUUUGGUCUAUCGUCGGCCCGACCUUACGCAGUGUCGAUCAUUCGGCCUACAUGUCGACCCUGGCCAAGGACAUGGGUGCCGCACCUUCGUUGCUCGAGCUUUACAACAAGUACGGAUGUCACGUCACGCUCUGCUAUGCGUAAGUCCCUCAUUCAACUCGUUUUUGCGCUGCACGAAUGCUCACAAACCACGCAUCUCACACGUGACGCAGGUUCGGCGCCGCCUUCGGCCCCUUCUAUCGACUCGUCGGACCUUUCGCAGCUCCUGAACAAAUGCGAGAAGUCGUGACGACCGAGAUUUGGGAAACCAUCACCCGUCGAGGCUUGUUGGGCAACUUGUUCAUGGGGGUGGUGAGCCCACUCCACUGAUGAUUUGAAGUCCUAGGGAGCUUGCUCGACUGACUGUAUGGCUGCUUUCCAACUAGAUUCCUAUGAUAUUUUAUGGCAUCGUCAAUUCACUUGCGUUUGCGGUGGAGUUGAUUUGGAUUGGGUUGGGGAAACCUUUGGUUGAUGAGAAUGGGCAUAGGAGGAAGAACGGCUCGAUGAAGGGCGAGAUGGCGAAUGGGAGGGUCAAGGCGAUGUGA